GUCGCUCAGUGGGUUUGUUUGGGUGGAAGAAGGGGGCAGGUUUUACUUGACAGUAGAAAGGACGUGAAAACAAACCAUGGAUAUCGGCCAAGUGUAGCAUCCAUCUGCAUCCAGGGAGCUGGCUUGUUCUGACCCAAGAGCCAUAGGUGGAGGGAGCAGAGGCGACCGCAGCACAGAAUAAUGGAGGCCCGCUUCGGUAACGUGGUGUUCAGCUCCAGCUUUGACUCAGGGAACCUGGCCCGCGUGGAAAAGGUGGAGAAGGGCAGUUGCUCCCCCCCGGCUGCCGCAGCCUCGACCGGGGGGGCUUUCUCAGGGCCGACCCCCACAGUACCGGACUAUGAGUUCAACGUGUGGACGCAGCCAGACUGUGCCGGGACAGAGCAUGAGAAUGGAAAUAGGUCGUGGUUCUACUUCAGCGUGCGUGGGGCGUCUCCAGGCAAGCUGCUGAAGGUGACCGUGAUGAACAUGAAUAAGCAGAACAAGUUGUACAGCCAGGGCAUGGCCCCGCUGGUACGCACCGUUCCCGGCAAGACUCGCUGGGAGAGGGUCCGCGACAGGCCCACCUUCGAGAUGGUGGAGAGCCAGUUCACCCUUUCUUUCACCCACCGGCUGUCAGAGACGAGGGGCGCCUCCACCUUCUUCUCCUUCUGCUUCCCCUUCUCCUACAGCGAGAGCCAGGACAUGUUGCAGCAGCUGGACCAGAGCUACCCCAACAAUGCUGUCCUCCACCCCGGCAGUCCCCCAGAGAGUGUGUACUACCACCGGGAGCUUCUGUGUCACUCACUGGACGGCAACAGGGUGGACCUCCUCACCGUCACCAACUGCGGCGGCAUGGAGGAUGAGCGGGAGGCCCGGCUGCCCAAGUUGUUCCCCGACACGGACACCCCGCGGCCCCACCGUUUCCCCGGCAAACGGGUGUUCUUCCUCAGCAGCCGCGUGCACCCGGGGGAGACGCCGGCGGCGUUCGUGUUCAACGGCUUCCUGGCCUUCAUCCUGCGGCGGGACGACCCGCGCGCCCAGGCCCUGCGCAGCAUGUUCGUCUUCAAGCUCAUCCCCAUGCUGAACCCCGACGGUGUGGUGCGCGGCCAUUACAGAACCGACUCCAGAGGCGUCAACCUGAACAGACAGUACCUCAACCCCAGCCCCGAGCUCCACCCUUCCAUCUACGCUGCCAAGACCCUGCUCCUCUACCACCACCAACAACACCCCCACCCACACCCCAACACGACGCUCCACCCCCCGGCAACCGCGGCGGCGGCGGCGGCGGCGGCAGCGGCGGAGGCAGACUCCGCCCCCCAAAGCCCCCCGUUGGCCCCGCUGGGCGACAAGGCGUCGACCAAUCAGCCGCAGCCGCCACUCCCCCUCACCCCCAUGGAGGUCAGCCUGAAUCAGCGCAACGCCGAGAAGGACGGGGCCGCGCCCCUCACGCCGGAGAUCUCCAUGGUUACGGAGGAGAACGCGUGGCCCGCCGCCGAGAUGGGAAAGGGCGUUGAGACCAAUGGGCUGAGUCCGUCGCCCGCGGUUUCGGCGACGUCAGAGACGGCGUGCGCCAUCGAGGAGGCCGUCCGGCAGGGCGACGAGCCGAUCUCCACACAAGAAGGAGGCGUGGCCUAUUAUGUUGACUUGCACGGCCACGCCUCUAAGCGCGGCUGCUUCAUGUACGGGAACAGCCUUCCGAACGAAGCCCAGCAGGUGGAGAACAUGCUGUACCCGCGGCUCAUCGCAUUGAACUCGGCAAACUUUGACUUCCAGGGCUGCAACUUCUCUGAGAAGAACAUGUAUGCCAGGGACAAGCGAGACGGCCAGUCCAAGGAGGGCAGCGGGAGAGUGGCCAUCUACAAGGCCAUGGGGCUGCUGCACAGUUACACGCUGGAGUGCAACUACAACACAGGAAGAGCCAUGAACUCCAUCCCACCCGCUUGCCAUGACAACGGACGGGCCACGCCCCCUCCCACCCCUUCCUUCCCGCCUAAAUACACUCCAGAAAUAUAUGAACAGGUGGGCCGAGCCGUGGCUAUCUCGGCGCUGGACAUGGCGGAGGGAAACCCGUGGCCCCGAUUGGUGCUGUCGGAGCACAGCUGCCUGUCCAACCUGCGGGCCUCGCUCCUGAAGUACGUCCGCAACACCAAGAGCCUCAACGGCCACGGGCAGCAGGCCCCGCCACGGACCACCGCCCACCAGCCGGGGAGCAGGGCCUCGCCUCCCAAGAGCUUCAGCAGCUCUCUGUCCUGCUCCCCGUCAGAGCACACCCUGGGCCGCGUGCGCUCCAACAGCCACAGCAGCAGCAGCCAGACGCCCUCCCCCAAGAUCCACUCCUCGCCCAGCUUCACCUUCGGCUGCCCCCCGCCGCCGUCGCUGGCGUCGCGCGCCCACGGGCAGCAGCACCACCACAACGCCACCCACCACCACAGCGCACACCACCACCACAACGCACACCCGCCCAUCGUGCGUGCCGGCGCAAAGCCGCAGCUCGGCCCGGUCAGAGACCCUAAGGCUCCAGAGAAGAGACGCCCCACCCACCACCGCCCGGUCCUCCAGUCUCCUAGCAACACCAGUCGUACACCCCCUGUCCGCCCCCCACCCCCUUCCUCGUCUUCCUCCUCCUCGGUGUGCACGGGGGCCGGCCCCUCUUGCACCCUCCCGGCCUCCGUCAGUUUGGCAGGCCUCAGCUGCCCAGACCUACAGGUUGGUGGAGCUGGGGGCGUGACCAGGAAGGCCUUCCCCAUUCGGAUUGGGCGAGGAGGAAAAGGGGGGCGGAGCCUAGUGUCCACACAUCCCCCUACAGAGGGACACGCCAAGAGUGCUAAAAAUACUGGACCUGAUCACAUCCUUUCCUCCAUUGAGUUCAGCAAGUGUGCCCUGCAACCCCGGAAAAGUCGUAUCCCCAUUAUAAGUGCGGGAUCAAUGGAGACUCCGCCCACACACUGUAAAAGCCCCACCUCUUCGAGUGGCAGUUCAACAUCCUCCACAAUGCGGGUGUGGAAAAUCAUCAAACCAGGCAUUCGCAGGCCGCUCUCGUUCUCAGGUGUAUCUGGGGUUCAGCAUUGUCUCCAGCAAGUUGUCUCCAUCUAUCAACCGGACACUCUCAUAGAAGCCUUACCUGAGCCAGAUCAACUGCAGCGUCAGGUGACCGAUCCGGCGAUCUCGCUAUCUGACCCUGUCCUUUCCUGUGAAACAGCGCCUAUGUGUGGCGAGGCCUAAGGACUACAAUCAUUUAGAAUGGGACCAGUUGGCGUGCAUCGCUAUCCGCGCGAUUACUGUGAGGCUUACUGGCCACGGAGUCAUCAAAGCCAUUUACAGCACAUCCGAUUGACAUAUCUGAUAUUUAAACUAAGACAGAUUUGUCAGUUUUUCCAAUGCGAAGAAAAUCAACAGUAUCCAUACUGUGUGCAAAGCAAUAUUUAAUAUUUAUUUAUUCAACACUAUUCCUGUGCUUAGCAUGAGGGUAGACUAUGGUCCUGAUGGCCAUUAGAACGGUUGGGGGGAUGAGUGCCUUACUGAAGUGCAUCUCAUUGUAGGUGAUUGAAGACACAUUCCCUUUUAUUCCAGAUGAAAAUGGGGACCAGCUGUUAUUUUUACCUUUAAAAACUAUGUACACUCAAAUUAGAUAGUUCCUCGUUUGUCCUAGUUUAUUCUAAAUUUGCUCCUGAAUGCACUCCUCUGUGACAUGUUGCACUGUAAAACUACCUUUUUCUGCCACCUUCAAAUAAGUCAAAAGUGGCUUGUGUUCGUACCAGCUGGCAGAGUAGCACUUUGAACUGAAUUUUUACAUGUUGUUGGCUUUUUUCAAAGUAUGCUGUGUUUUUAGUGUGUUGUGUAUGUAAAUCGAUGUGUCAUUGACAUUAUUUACCUCCACCUUGAUGUUUACGAUCGAGUUUAUGAAUCACAGGUUUAGCAAUUUCAAACAAAUGUUGAAAGGCCGUGUCAGGUGAAAAAUGCUCUAGUACAAAUACUUUGACAAAAAUACCAUGCGGCCUCACUGACAACCACUGUAAUCUUUCAAUAAACAACGGCCUUAUAAUCUCA